CAUCGAUUAGUGUUUGCAAAAAGUAUUUACUAUAUUUGUUUUUUACAAGAUACAAUUUAAAAACGCUACAAUGAAAAUAUUAAUGAGAGCGGACACGCACUAUAGUAUAGUUGUGAGUGGUUGUGAUUAUGAAAAACCAAAAUAUACCUUUUCACAGAUUCUGGCUGCCGUUGCUGUGUCGAUGGGAUCGAUGAUAGUUGGGUUUUCAUCAGCUUACACGUCACCAGCUCUAGUGACUAUGCAGAAUAGUACAAGAAUAUCUGUUUCCGAAGAAGAAGCAAGCUGGGUUGGCGGUCUCAUGCCCUUAGCUGCAUUAGCAGGAGGAGUACUUGGAGGACCUUUAGUGGAUUACAUAGGUCGACGCAAAACAAUACUCAUGACAGCAAUUCCUUUCUUCAUCGGCUGGAUGUUGAUAGCCACAGCUAAAAUAGUUCACCUAGUAUUAGCUGGUCGAGCCAUAUGCGGAUUGUGUGUCGGUAUCGGAUCAUUAGCAUUUCCAGUAUAUCUCGGGGAAACAAUCCAACCCGAAGUCCGUGGUACCUUAGGACUAUUUCCGACUGCUAUUGGAAAUAUUGGUAUACUCAUUUGUUACGUAGCUGGAAAAUAUCUCGAUUGGUCACAACUUGCAUACUUAGGGUCUGCUCUUCCCAUUCCUUUCCUGUUACUUAUGUUUAUGAUCCCUGAAACGCCUCGCUGGUACAUAUCUCGCGGUCGAACGGAAGAAGCACGUAAAGCGUUACAAUGGCUUCGAGGUUCUAAUACUAAAAUUGAUAAUGAAAUGCGUGAUAUAGCCUUAUCUGAUGCAGAGAUACAAAAUGAGUCUUCAUUUAAGGAUAUUUUAAACAUUAAAUAUAUGAAAGCAAUUCUAAUAUGCUUAGGACUUAUGCUUUUUCAACAAUUAUCGGGUAUAAAUGCUGUGAUAUUUUAUACGGUUAAAAUAUUUAAAAUGUCUGGGAGUUCCGUUGAUGAAAAUUUGUCAACGAUCAUAGUGGGAUUGGUUAAUUUUAUUUCAACAUUUUUCGCUACAGCUCUUAUUGACAGAACUGGUCGUAAAAUAUUGCUGUAUAUAUCAUCAGUAACCAUGACUGUGACAUUAAUAGUCUUAGGAACAUUUUUUUACAUCCGUGACGACUUACAUAUAGAUGUAUCUACAUUAGGCUGGCUUCCUUUAACUAGCCUCAUGGUCUAUUUACUUGGUUUUUCUUUAGCUUUCGGUCCGAUACCAUGGCUAAUGAUGGGUGAAAUUUUACCCGCGAAAAUAAGAGGAGGAGCUGCAUCAAUAUGCACCGCUUUUAACUGGCUCUGCACGUUUAUAGUAACUAAGACAUUCCAUAAUAUUCUAGUUGCCAUUGGACCAGCGGGGACGUUCUGGUUAUUUGGUUGUAUUUGUUUUGUUGGUUUAUUUUUUGUCGUGGUAUGUGUUCCGGAAACUCGAGGGAAAAGUCUCGAGCAAAUUGAAAAUAAAAUGACCGGAAGAAAAGCGAGAUCUCGUAGGAUGAGUUCUAUUGCAAAUAUAAAGCCCCUUCCAAGUGGCUGCUGAAUUUUAAUAAAUUUUAUUUUAUAUACAUUAGUAAAAUGGCAUUGUACAUUAUCCUAUAACUAAUUUAACUUCAGACUACCAUUUUGUUUUUGAAAAUGUAGUUUAUGUAAUUACUUAUCGACAAUUAAAGUUAAAAAGUGGGUGAUUUUAAAAUUGACUUAAGCUUGAACUUUAUCAGUUGUAUCAUAAAGUACUGUUAAUCAAAAAACAUUAGCAUAGCCAGGGCUUUAUUCUUGGGUGGACCUAGUAAGCCCCGAAAGAUAUUAAUUAAAAAAAACUUUAAAAUAUUUAAGGUCGGCAGCCAAGGAAAAAGGCUACAUCACACUUAUCAUCAAGUAGUGGUAACAUAGCCAAUCUUUAACAUGGAAUCUAAGAUGGCUUAUCCCUUAUACCUAGGAUUGAACUGACUCAUUUGCUUUUCAAAAUCAAAACACAUAAUACAAAGUAUUAAUGUUAAAUUGUUGAUCACCAAUCAAGGCGUGCAGAAGCAAUAACCUUUUUUUAUUUUAGAUUAUUCAAUUAUUUUCGAUUAUCUAUGUAUAUUAGAAAAAACGAUUUUCUUAACAAGUACUUAAUAGUUUGUUUUUGUAAAAUCUUAAUAUCAUCGGAGUUCAUUUGGUUUGGACAUUAAAUUUCCCGAUGUACCUAUUCCAUCCCUCCUAUACCAGGCUAUGUUAUUGUAAUAAAUAACUUAUCUAAUAGAUUAUUAAGUGUAAAUGUAAUAUCUAGAUUUAAAAAUAGCACCUUUACAGUAUUACAUUUUAUAAUCUAACGCUGAAAAUCUGACUAACAUUGUAAAUGUGUUAUUGUGUUAUCUAUAUGUUUAUUACUUCAUUAAAACUAAACCAAAGAAUCAGUUAGAACGAAAUUUAUAUUAAAAGGUAACCAGAGAGAAAAUAUGAUUUCUCUGAAAAUAAAACUUGAUGUUGGUGAAGUUGCGCGGAGCAGCUAGUUUUAUAUAUUUUGUUGAAUUAAUCAACACCGUAUGUAAUUUAAUUCUUAAGUGUAACUAUAU